AUGUCUAGAGUCUGGUUUGUUACAGCUGCCUCUCGAGGGCUUGGUCGCGAGAUUGUCGAGGCUGCAUUGGUAGCCGGAGACAACGUCAUUGCAACGGCGCGGGAUCCUGCCUCACUCGAACAAUUCACGAAGAAAUAUGGAUCCGAGCGUGUUCACGCUUUUGCCCUGGACGUGACGGACAGUGGCCAAGUCUUCAGUGUGGUUAAAGAUGCCCACAAGGUCUUUGGACGUAUCGACAUCGUUGUCAACAACGCUGGAUUUGCGCAGACAGCAUCGCUCGAGGAUAUGGAUGUUGAAUCUUUCAAACGUCAAGUUGAUACCAACUUCUUUGGAACUGUGUGGGUCACCAAAGCAGUGGUUCCCAUUAUGAGGCAGCAGGGAAGCGGCCACAUCAUCCAGAUAUCCUCUGUUGGCGGCAGGCUGGGAACUCCCGGCAUGUCAGGGUACCAGAGCGCUAAAUGGGCCGUUGGAGGCUUGACCACUGUUUUGGCUGCCGAGGUGGCCCCCUUUGGAAUCAAGACUACGGUUCUCGAGCCCGGUGGCAUGAAGACUGACUGGGCUGGUUCUUCGAUGGAGCAUGGUGUUAUGAGCGAACCUUAUAAGCAGACCGUCGGCGCUUUUGAGGAGCUCCGAAAAACCUAUGAGCCUCACUGGACACCCCCCGAAAAGGUGGCAAACGCCGUCGUUCUCCUGAGCAAGGUUGAAGACCCUCCUCUUCGUCUUCUCGUGUGUCCCGAGACUCCACAGAUUGCGAAGGCUGCAGCAGCAAAACUGGCGGAAUCUGAUGCCAAGUGGGAGAACUUUUCUAUAAACCUGACGCUCUGA